GCUUCCUUUUUUCCCCUUUGCAUUCUCGACCGGAAACAGAGGCUUCCCCUUAUCCCCUCUACAUCUCUCACCCCGCCGGUAGCAACGGGCACUCCAAUGGCGGUCCUGAAUUGCAUUUCGGUCACCGCGUCUGCCACACCAGUGCCCCAAGACUCCACAAACCCAGCACAGCCAGCAAUCCCCAGCCAAAGACUUCCGACCAAGGUCAUCCUCCCCAAAAAGAAGCCGGAGAAAUGGUCGACGGGGGUAGCUCCGGGGGAUUACGGCGGUCCACCCACCACGACGAAGCUUCGCAAGUACUGGGGAGGGGAAGGCGAAGACCCUUUAACCUCGGACGAGUUCAUUUGGAACAAGGACUUCAUGGGCCGGAUGAAGCGAUUGAUUCAGGACACUGGCGAUGAUGAUGCUUCUCUUAGGUCCAAGGCUCCAGUUGAGGAACAAUCAUCUGGGUUUCUAAGCUUCAAUAGAGUGAUGAAUUUGAACAGCAUGGAAGUUGAUCUGAGCAAAGAGCUGGCAACACCUUCCAAGCCCAUAGUAGAACGGCCAACUGAGACUGUAAAGAAAGCUACAAAAGGCACGUCGCCGAAAUGGAGAUUGGCACCAACACGCCGUGAACAGGAGAAGUGGGAUAGAGCAGCUAAGGCUACAACUGAGGGCACCGAAGUCAUGCUUCGUGAGGUCAGGAAGCCUCGAGGGGAUCCAGAAGUGUUGGCUGCAGAAUACAGGGCGCAGUACUUCAAGCUGAAGGAGAAGUUGCAACUUCUUACUUUGGGUAUAGGUGGUGUUGGGUUGGUUUCUGCUUAUGUCUCUUAUUCCACGGAAAUCGCAGCUAGCUUCGGUGUCGGAUUGAUGGGAUCAUUUAUUUACAUGCGCAUGCUGGGGAACAGUGUGGACUCCAUGGCAGAUGGGGCGAAGGGAUUCGUAAAGGGAGCAGCAGCGCAGCCUAGGUUGCUUGUUCCAGCUGCGUUGGUCAUGAUCUACAACCGCUGGAAUUUUAUUGUCGUCCCACAAUACGGAUAUAUGCACUUACAACUGAUACCGAUGCUGGUAGGAUUCUUCACGUAUAAGAUUGCGACUUUUGUUCAAGCUAUAGAGGAAGCACUCAAAGUACCCGACAGGCCUGAGUCAGAAGCUUGAGAGAUGGCACUCUUCAUUGGUAGGUUCGACAGUCAUAGACUUACAUCAGAUGAAUGUUCCGAAGAGCCAUCUUUUGCCUUCUCCUCCAAACCAUUGCCUGCCUUCUCUUUUCGACGCAUACCUCCCCUGUACAAUCCCUCUUGUGUGCAGAUUUAGCUGAAGCUCACUAGGAGACAGCUCUAUGAACGAACGAGCUGCGCCAUCUGGUCAAGUGUGUAUCCUUGGGGAGAUCCCUGCAGAUUUAGCUGUAUGACCAUGAUAGUCAGUAUUGAGGUUGAUGUGAAUAGUUACCCUUGAUGUGCAAGUAAAAUCGGACCUCGUUUAUUUGUGUAUGUCCUACUGUUUCACUAUAUGGUAAGCUAUGCUGUAUAUGUAUGUCCACAGACUUGUAGAAAGCUGGAAACUUUACAAUUUUCAGUAUUUGACAAUUUCUCAUGACUUUAGCUACUCGAAAGGAGCUCUCGAGAUUGCUCUGAAAAACAAUGAAAAUAUGAAUCCUUGAAUAAGCAAGAUAUUGCUUG